AUGGUACAAUACUCAUCAGAACUACGGUAUGUGGAGAACUUGCAGCAUUCUAGUUAUGACGAGAGUGUGAUGGAACUUGUGGAAAAUUCGGAGGUGUAUCCUGAUCUUGAUAGCUUUUGUAGGGCAUCUGCACUUAAGGGUCACAAGGAUGUGCUCGUAGAAAUUGUCUGUGAUUCGUUUUAUCUAUAUAACAUAACUUAUCUGCAGUUACGCAAGUUUUCUUCUUUUCAGCCAUUGCAUUAUAUUGAUGAAAAGAACAAAAUGUAUCAUAUGGCAAAAGAACAGGCAAGAUUGCAUGAGGAAUUUGAUGCACAUGUGUCUACAGGUGCAUUAGAUCAUUUUAUCUGCAAGGGUGAUGCACUGAAUGCUAUUCUUGAUGAUGAUAUUAUACACAGUCGGUUUUCAGUUCUGGAUCAUACUCUCAUUAAGUUGUCUUUUGAGCGAAGAGCUAUACUUCUGGGGAGGCAAGACCAACUUUCUUCGUAUUAUCAACAUCUGAGACAAGUUGUUCACAAUGAGCAGCUGAGAAUUGGACUUCAAAGUUUGAUGUGUGAGCUGGAGGCCGAAGGUUUUUUCAGCAUUGUGGAUGAUUCUAUCGAUUGGGUACUUGUCUCGUCAAUAAACACUUUAUAUUUGCUCAGUAGUGCAUGCGGAAUUAACAAAUGCUUGACCUACUUCUGUAACGUUCAUUGGUUGCAUGUUUUUUUUUUGUAGGACAAGAAAUGCUUUUCACAACUGGUGUACAAAUUCGACAAGCAA